AUGGUGGAAAUCAAAAAGUUGGGUGGUGAUCCGUUAUGCUGGCAACAGUUUUACGAUUUAUUUGAAGCCGCAGUAAACAUGAGUGAUUCGAUCAGUGACGUUGAAAAAUUCACGUUUUUAAGUAGUUAUGUGGAAGAAGAGGCCGAGAAAUGCAUUGAAGGUAUAUCUUUAAUUAACGAAAAUCACAAACACGCUCUAAAACUUCUUUCUGAACGCUAUGGGAAUCCCCAGUUAAUAACAUCGUCGCAGAGCAAACUAUUGAAAUUGAAAGCAAUAGCAGGUGACAGCUAUUCAGUUAAAGAAUUACGUAACCUUUACGAUCACAUUGAAAGUCAUGUGCGAUCUCUCCUCGCUUUGGGUAUAAAUUCUGAGCACUACGGGCCGAUGUUAAUUCCAAUCGUCAUAGAAAAAUUGUCAAAUGAUAUCCGUUUAGAAAUUAGUCGGAAUUUGGGAAAAGAAAAUUGGAAAAUAACUGACUUUAUGGAAAAUUUUAAAAGGGAGAUAACCGCCAGAGAAAGUUGUGUCUUUGUUAAAAAUAACCUCAACGAUGGAGAUCAAUACGAAAAUGUACCGAAGUUCAGUACACAAUCGUUGUUUACCGGAAACCGAGUUUUACGUUGUGCAUUUUGUAAACAAGAUCACUUUCACGACAAAUGCUCAGUUGUUACCGACCUACAAACCAAACGCGAUAUCACAGCCCUGUGCGAUAGAUCUGAAAGUGAUAAGUUGAAAGAUAGUCGGAAGGAGUCCGGAAUUGCAGGUGAAGAAAACGAGUUAGAAAGUGCAACCAACAUGAUGAUCCAUUCGAUAAAUUCUGUACUGUUGCAAACCGCUAGUUGUAUCGUUCACUCACCGGAGUGCAGUCGUAAUAAUAUGUCAGUGAAAGUUUUGAUGGAUUCUGCGAUCUCAGCAACAUUUGGAAAUAAUUCAGAUGAACCCAGGAAAGUCAACAAGGGAUUUGGAGAAGAAAAGGUUUGUUUAAAGGAUUUUGGUGUGCCAAUUAUUUGCUCUCCGUUGAAUGGACAGAGAAUUAAUGUUGUACGAGCACAGUUUUCGUUUUUGAAAAAUAUCAGUUUGGCUGAUAAGGGCGCUGGUAGUAGUGAAAUGGACGUAUUGAUUGGGUCUGAUUUUUAUUGGAAGGUCGUGACUGGAAAAGUUAAACAGUGUAGUGAUGAAGGAUUCGUAGCUAUUGAUUCGAAAUUGGCGUGGUUGUUGAGUGGUCCGUUUGUUAGUGGUGAUGAUAUUGAGAAAAGUGCAGUAAAUUUAACACAUGUUAUGAAAGUUGCUGUCGAGCUGAACACUGAUGAUUCUUUGUUGAAUGAAAAGGUUGGACGUUUUUGGGAUUUGGAUAGUGUGGGAGUUCUGUCAGAGGGUGAAGUGGGUGUGUAUGAGAGGUUUGUUGGUGAGAUUAAAUUUAAUAACAAUCGUUAUGAAGUAAAGUUACCGUUUAAAGAAAGUCAUCCAGUGAUCGAGGACAAUUAUCAGUUGAGUAUAAAACAACAGUACAACGAAGUGUUUACCAAGCAACUAGAAGAAGGUAUUGUUGAACGUGUCACAUCACCUGCCGAAAUUGGGAAAGUAACAUAUUUGCCGCAUCGUGCCGUUGUCCGCGAAGAUAAGAAGUCAACAAAAUUGCGUGUGGUUUUUAAUGCGAGUGCGAAAAACAAAGGCUGUAGUCUCAAUGAUUGUUUGUACAAGGGUCCUUGUUUAAACCCAUUGCUAUAUGAUGUCUUAUUAAGAUUUGGAGUCCAUACCAUAGGAUUGACUGCCGAUAUUGAAAAAGCUUACUUACAGAUAUCCGUUUAUCCUGAACAUCGUGAUUAUUUACGUUUUUUGUGGUAUAAUGACAUUUUUGAUGAAAGCACGCUGGCCAAAAUUAGAUAUACGAGAGUAAUUUUUGGUUCUAGUAGUUCGCAAUUUCUGUUAAAUGGUACAGUUCGAAAACAUAACGAACGUUGCAGCAAAAUUGACCCAGAGUAUAUGAAAAAGGUCCUUAGUUUUUUUUAUGUGGACGAUUUUAACAACGGUGUCAAAGAUGUUUCCGAAGGUGUCAAGUUGUAUAAAAAGCUGAAGGUGAGAUUUGCUAAAGGUUUGAUUUGCGCAAGUGGAGAACGAACAACGCCCACUUGA